AUGACCCCGUCGAUUUUUAGCGAUUCACGCCCUCACUCAUCUAAGGUGUCAGCUCUCAGGUCAAUUCUCCCAUCUGGUGGACACAAGAGAAGCAAAUCUGCCUUCGAAGCCCUCGUUAGCAGCCCUACCAAUAACCCGUUGGCAACCAACUGCUUUCUCCCGGUCGACCACCCCCACUACCGUCAACAGCAGCCAUAUCAUGAUCGUGAGGCUAAUCGGAAUGCCUCAAACUCUCGUUCUCCAUUACAAGAUAAUGCAAACCCUCCUGGAAACGCACUUCAUAAGAGAUCUAAGAGUACUCUGUCUCUCAAGUCACUCCUAAAGGAUAAAACCCCCAAGGACCAGCCCCAGAAGGAACCAGUAAAGCAAGAAGCUCCCAAAAGGAACAAACCAAAGAAGACAAAAUCGUCCACCAGCUUAUCAUCGCUUUUCAGGAAGAACCAGCCUCGCCAAAAGGACAACCACUCCGGAUCCAGGGAUAAAGAGAAUUUCUCUCCUUCUGACAUUUUCGAUGACACGACAUCUACUGCCGCAAGUGUUUAUAUCCCAAAUUUGGCCCCGGACCCUAACCCCGUCUCCCGUUAUGUUCCACAGGACAGGCGGACAGUGGCUGAGGAAAUGUCGCUUUACACUCCUCAGGGGUAUUCUCCAUCAAAGCAGAGAAACUUCCAUGAUCACCAUAGACCGAGUCUCACACGUUCCGACAAGUCAAGACGUAAAUCGGAUUCUAUCCCUUCUACUUCUUCCGGCGUUAGGGAGAUGCUAGCAGCGGGUCGUAAGCCAAGUCCUCUAGGUCCGCACAAUUCAAAUGUUCCUGAACGGAAAAGCAGCUCUGCCAGUAACUCUCAGAAUUCAACCAAGUCCGACGAGACCCCAGGGAAAAGAAGAAUCUCGAAUGGACGUAGAAGCUCCCGGGUUAUGGCUGCAAUUGCAGCUUUCAAUGCCAAGGACCAGCACACCACAGAUACUAGACAGAAUGACCCUAAAUCCACCGCUAUUGAAAACGCGUUCGAGCAGCUAUUGGAAUCUCGAAAUAUCCCUCUCAACAUGCGUGAUAAAAUGAGGGCACUGGAUACCAAUAUCAAAGCAGACUUCGUGAACAAACAUGAAAUGACGCCAACUACCCCAUCUUCCUCAAGUCAGAAGAGGUUUGGACUCUUCAGCAGUGACAAGGAAGCUGACAAGAACCCCGAGGGUGGAUCCCGCGGUAAAUCAGCAACCAAGACACGAGCUCGGAGCCGUACGUUCACGAAAAAUGAUUCCUCUACAUCCAAGAAAAAAGCGGAAACUACUCCUUCCAAGCGCCCUAAGUCUGUGGACUUUUCCAGACCUUCUAGUUCUUCCUCCCGUGGCAUAUCCGCGUCUGUGCUUAGCUCUUUCCAGUAUAUACGCACCCCCAAGGAUGCCGACGAACCAUCAGAUUUUGUUCAUUACCUUAAAGAGGUGCAAAAACCAGAAAUUGUUGAGAUUACCAAACUUCACAAACUUCGAAUCUUGCUGCGAAAUGAAACUGUAACCUGGGUCACUGAAUUCAUGUCCUGUGGAGGAAUGGACGAGCUCAUACAGUUACUCUACAGGGUUAUCAAAGUGGAGUGGAGGGAGGAACAUGAAGAUACGCUCAUGCACGAAGUUUUACUUUGCUUAAAAGCCUUAUGCACAACUACGACUGCCCUCAACCGCCUUCGCGCGAUAGAGAGCCACCUUUUCACAACCCUACUAAAUAUGCUUUUCGAUGACGACAAGAAAGGUCCAAGUGAAUUCAGCACUCGCGGAAUAAUUAUCAGUUUGUUAUUCACCCUCCUAUCCAACGCUGGCCCUGAUGAGCAAGCAUCUCGCGCUCAUACUAUCCUCUCCUAUAUGCGCGACCCAGCACCACCAGAGACAGCUCAGCCACUUUCAUUCAUUGCCAAUAUUUACCAGCCUCGGCCAUACCGAAUCUGGUGCAAAGAAGUAACUAAUGUUACAAAGGAAGUUUUCUGGAUGUUCUUACAUCACUACAAUGUUGUCCCCGUUACAACAUUAGAAGAUGACCCAGUUGACCCUUCUCAACCCUAUUCUAAACGCCACUUCCCUCCACCACACCCCCCUGUCCCUGCUGCCCCAUAUAUUGGUGGAGUUGAAUGGGAGGCCACAAGUUACCUUGCAAAUCAUCUAGACCUUAUGAAUGGAAUUAUUGCAUCUAUGCCAACGACUGAGGAGCGCAACAAACUCAGGACAGAUCUAAAGGCAUCCGGUUUUGAGAAGGUGAUGGGAAGAAGUCUCCGCACAUGCAAGGAACAAUUCUAUCCCGCCCUUCAUGCUGGCUUGAAGGUCUGGGUUGCUGCCGCUGCGGAGGAUGGAUGGGACUAUCAGUUCGUCCGUGAAGGACCCCCAAGAGAUGCUCCACCAAGCAGUCCCUUGAAGACAGCUGGUAACCAGAGCCCAAAGAAGAAGCCAGGAAUUGUGAGCGAAGCUCCCCCACGUCUGGACUUGAACGUUGGUGUUACAAGUCCAGGGCAGAGAAAGUCAAGCGAUGAUUGGCUAUGA